AGCUGGUUUCACAACUAGUUAUCCUCAAUGGGCUGCAAACAAACCGACUGGCAGCAGUUUGACAACCGGAUGAUUUUAUCUGGACAGAUACCCCAAGUGUCAAGUUAAAUCAUAUUUCUCCAAUUUACUAUAAGUUUAUAAACCAAUGGAGGCAAAACACUGUGAAGAGGUCACGGAGAUGGUGUGUUUAGAGUCCGAUCUGCAGGAUGGACAAAUGAAGCAGGUUCUGGUGGAUGAGAAUAAAAUCCUGUUGGUGCGCAAUAAUGGAGAAUUUACUGCUGUCGGUGGUCUUUGCUCUCAUUAUGGUGCUCCACUUAUCAAAGGUACGUUGAUUGGAGAUCGAGUUCGGUGCCCAUUUCAUGGAGCGUGUUUCAAUACUAAAACUGGAGAUAUUGAAGAAUUUCCUGGCCUGGAUUGUCUGCCUAAAUUUAAAGUCAAGGUUGAGGGUGGUAAAGUCUACGUGACCAGUGAUCAAAAGAACCUGAAGAAGCGCAUUAAGAAAAUGAGCAGUCGAGUGCCUGGAGUCAAUCACACAGUUGUUUUGAUUGGAGGAGGCCCGGCUUCAUUGCAGUGUGCAGAAACCCUCCGUCAGAAUGAUUAUGGUGGGAGAAUUAUAAUGGUUACCAAAGAUGAACAGCUGCCUCUGGAUAAAACCAAACUUAGCAAGGCAAUGAAUAUUGAAAUUGAAAAGGUGCUGCUACGACAAAGUGAUUUCCUUCAACAACAUGGAAUUGAAGUGUGGACUAAAAAAGAGGUAAAAUCUGUGGACACAGAUGCUAAAACAGUGACUUUCCAGGAUGGCACCAUACAAAACUAUGAUCAGCUCUUGAUUUCUACAGGUGGCAGAGCCAGACCUCUGCAGUGUCCUGGUGCUGAGCUAGAAAAUAUAAAACUGCUGCAGACCUAUGAGGAUGCCUCAGAAAUCCAUCAAAUAAGUGCGGGCAAAAAGGCUGUCAUUGUUGGAACUUCAUUUAUAGGAAUGGAGGUUGCUGCUUAUCUCUCUGACAAGGCAGCCAGUGUCACUGUUAUCGGAAGCAGCAAGUUUCCUUUCCAGGCAUCACUGGGAUCAGACAUUGGAAAAAUGACGAUGCAGAUGCUGGAGGAGAAAAAUGUGAAGUUCUACACAAGUAACGGUAUGACUGAAAUUCGAGGUGAAAAUGGAAAGGUCAAGGAAGUUGUUCUGAAAAACGGUGAAGUCCUUCCAGCGGAUAUUAUAAUUGUGGGCAUUGGUGUCAUUCCCAACUCUGAUUUCCUUAAGAAAACACUGGUGGAAAUUGAUUCACGCAAAGCUGUUGUUGUUGACAAGUUCAUGAAAACCAACAUUCCUGAUGUCUUUGCUGCUGGAGAUGUGGUGUCUUUUCCACUUGCUUUGGUCGGACAUAAGACAGUCAAUAUUGGACAUUGGCAAUUAGCACAAGCUCAUGGACGAAUCGCAGGCUUAAGCAUGUUGAAUCGACAGGUUGAGAUAAACACUGUGCCUUACUUCUGGACCAUGCUGUUGGGAAAAAGUAUUCGGUACACAGGCUAUGGAGAAGGAUACACUGAGAUUGUUUUCAAAGGAAGUACAGAGGAAAGAAAAUUCUUGGCAUUUUAUAUCAAGGAUGAAGAAGUUGUUGCAGCUGGCAGCUUGAACUUUGACCCUGCUGUUGCAAGGUUGGCAGAAAUGUUAUUCAUGGGGAAGAGGAUCACUAAGGCGCAGGCACAAUCUGAUGACCUCAGCUGGUUGCAGCUCCCAUGAAAGUGCUUUGAUCACACUUACCUCCAUGAUUUUAUUGAUUAAAGUUUGUUCAUCUGU